GCUUGCCCUUACUGCCGUAAUGGCGACUGCUGGGACGGCGGACCCUGGACCCACAGCCCCGACAGGGACCAGCAGCCUCCGAAAAAUGGCCUCUACAGAGGUGCCUGGCUCUUCUAGCACAACCCAGAGUAUGAAGAAGACCAUUGGACACCGGGGCGUCGAGACCUCCACAGGAGAGACCACCUAUAAAAAGACCACGUCAUCUGCCCUGAAAGGUGCAAUCCAACUGGGUAUUGCUCACACUAUUGGAAGUUUAAGUCAAAAAGCAGAGAGGGAUGUUCUAAUGCAGGACUUUGUGGUGGUCGAAAGCAUCUUUUUCCCCAGUGAAGGCAGUAACCUGACACCCGCUCAUCACUACAGUGACUUUCGCUUUAAGACCUACGCUCCUAUUGCCUUUCGUUACUUCAGAGAACUGUUUGGCAUUCGGCCAGAUGACUAUCUGUAUUCUCUGUGUAACGAGCCACUGAUCGAGCUGUCUAAUCCCGGAGCCAGUGGAUCAAUCUUCUACGUCUCUAGUGAUGAUGAGUUCAUCAUCAAGGCCGUUCAGCACAAAGAGGCUGAGUUCCUCCAGAAACUCCUGCCGGGAUACUUCAUGAAUAUAAACCAAAACAAGCGCACCCUGCUGCCCAAGUUCUAUGGACUGUACUGCGUUCAGCGCGGGGGCAAGAACAUCCGUAUGGUAGUGAUGAACAAUCUUCUCCCUCGGAUAAUUCCCAUGCACCUCAAAUACGACAUGAAGGGCUCCACCUACAAGAGACGAGCCUCUCCUAAAGAGAGAGAAAAGGCUGUUCCCACUUACAAAGACUUGGACUUCAUCGAGGACUUGCCCGACGGUCUGCUGCUGGAAUCUGACAACUACAAUGCUCUGUGCAAGACUAUACAGAGGGACUGCUUGCUAUUACAGAGUUUCAAGAUCAUGGAUUACAGUCUGCUGGUGGGCAUCCACAACAUGGACCAGGCCAGUCGGGAGCGAGAGCGCAGUGGGGGCUAUUCGGGGGACAGCGGUGGGUCAGAGGGAGCUGUGACUCCAGACCAGCGCCGGCCGCAAGCCCAGAAGAGUCUGUACUGUACAGCCAUGGAGUCCAUCCAGGGGGAGGCUCGAGGGAAGGGAGCUUUAGAUUCAGAAGACCACAUGGGUGGUAUUCCAGCUCGUAACAAUAAAGGAGAGAGGUUGCUGAUCUACAUCGGCGUCAUCGACAUUCUCCAGUCCUACAGGUUCAUUAAGAGGUUGGAACACUCCUGGAAGGCUUUGGUCCAUGACGGGGACACAGUUUCAGUUCACAGACCUGGCUUCUAUGCAGAGCGUUUCCAGCAGUUCAUGUGCAGCACAGUAUUUAAGAAAAUUCCACUAAAACCAUCCCCAUCUAAGAAGAGUCGUAGUGGAGGUCAGGGAGGUCUUAGGAGGGCCCCCACCCUCGGAGGUCCCACCCCGCUCUCCAGCGCAGCAGGGCAGAUAUCUCUCGACUCCAGACUGAUGUACCACAGCCACUUCAAAAGCACAGAGUCAGAAGCCGACAGUGGCGUGCUGUCGGGCAGAUCUGAUCUCGUUCUGAGGAGCCCUCCACUAGACAACCCUGCUGACAGUGAGGCCAACCUCUCCACCUCAUCACUAGGCAGCACAGGAGUCGCCUCCACCUCUCCUCCCCUGCGCUCUGUUGGAGUGGACGUGCACAAAUCCGCAAACACUGACCACGACCGGGGUGAUAACCACAGUUUUGGCGAAGAAGAGGCUGCAGAUAAUUCCCGCAACCUCUCUGGAAAUGAAGAUGUAGUUUCACUAUCAGACAUCAUCCCAGAGACAAACAUCUGUUUUUAAAAAAAUCGACACGGUGCAAUCCUAGAAUGAGGCGUUUCUGGCCUGGUCAGAGGUGGAAGUAAGGAUGAAGAGAACAAGCAUCCAAAGCAGACCCUCCGUUGCACCUGCGAUGUUGUCUCACCCUAUACGUACAGUAUAUGCAGGGGUCAUUGGAUGAUGCUUGGAGGUGCAGCGGAGGUCACAGCGGUGUUUAAAGCAAGGACUGGAACAAUAAGGAGCCAGUGUGCGGUAGGGCCUGAGACUUUCCCCGCCACCAACAAAGUCGCUGUGUGUACACUAUUUCCACACCUGCCACAAAGCCCCAUUGCCUUUAUUAACACCUUGGGGACAAAAUAAAGGACCCUGAAUUGGAAGCUUAUGAAUAGCUUUGGCAGGGGUUCUCCUUCAUCUUUGCAACAUGACAGUCUGCUGCAAGGUAAACAUAGAAUCAAAAUAAUUACUUGUAUAUAAUGAAAAAGCCCCCUUGUCACCAGUGGAUGGUGAAGACAGUCAAAUUCUCCAGAAGAGUCUUGUUUGUGCCCAUUUUUCACAGCAAGAAGAGACGUGAGUGGGCACAGACAGCCUUUCAGCAGGAAUACACACACUUAAAGAGCACAUGGAGGGCAUAGCCUGCGUUUAUAGGAGCGAGUAUUUUCCUGUCUAAAUGGGUUCACAUUUCUGCGGCUCACACUCACAUCAGCGCAUGUCCAUAACCCCUCGGCAUGCCUCAUGUUCAGGGGGGAAAUCUGGGCUAUCAGUGGUCAUUGUUCGAAUCAACACUUGCUGCUGUCAACUCUGCAAUCAAGUAUGCAUUUCAGUUUUUUUCCUGGUUGUGGAUGGACAGUAUUUGUUUGAAGUCAGACUUUUGAAACGCUGAAGGAAUGGGUUGAACCAGAUCCCUACGGUAAUAUAGUUUCACGGUUUGUGAUCAGAUAUUCUGCUGGAAGCCACGGUGGUGCUGCAAAGGUCCAACCAGAUCUUGCCGUUGCUGAAUGUACAUUAACGUUUUUUUUUCUUUUUCUAAUUUCAUAGAAUGUGUCUUAACAUGGCAGAUCACAUAAUUACAACCCUGAAAAUCUCCCCCUCUGAUGUGACCAUAUGUGCUGGAGUAUAAAUGAACACGGAAAGAUGAGGUGUCGACAGCGCUGCUGAACAGUAGAUCCUGUCAUAUGGUAUAAAGUUAAUAGAACAGUAAUAUCCAAGCUUCUAUCUGUCAUGUGUGUGCCUUUACAUGUUUGCUCCGCCCCUAACGUGAUGUAUAACUGACAUUUUCAAAGGUUCGUGUCGUAGUUGUUCAGAGAAACCUGCCUUAUCACUACAGCUGACGUCAUCAAACUGCCAUUUGUAUGUCUGGACCAACUCAUCAGUUGUCAGGGUUUAAAAGGAAUUUCCUAUUUUAAUGCAAACACUAGUACAAUCCCUUUCGGUCACAUCCAUGUUGAGUGUUCAGUCACUCUUCUGGCAUCAGACAGAACAGAUCUGGGUCUAAUUCAUUUCUGCUGGUUACAGAAAUGACACACGGCCGCAUCCACUCUCGGACCAAUAUUACCAAUCAUGUGUAAAACUGUUUUUUUGUAGGUGGUCUUACUCAACCUUUAACUUGGGAGUUCAUAAUUCAGCGGGAUUUUCAUAAAGUAUCUAUCUUAUUGUUUAGAGCACUAAACAAGCCCCAGAUGUUGCUGAAAACUUUGUACCCCAGAAGUAAUUUCCGAUUCAAAUAUUUGAAUCGUAGCAGAACUCAAGAUCUUAGACAUGGUCUAAUUUUAUGAAUUUAUCUUCAUGUCCGUUAAGCACAUGCAGCAGAGAGGGAGGAAAUGUGAGUUAUGAAUAUAGAAAGAAGGAAAAUGACUCAUUGAUGCACAGUUGAGGAUUCAGAAGACUUUUGUAUUAAGAGCCAGCCACGGCACCAAAGAAAAGAGUAGGGAGUUCCUGUGAAUGUUCAGGAUCCAGUACAGAUGACAAAGAAGAAAUAAGACACUCCUGAACUGAUUUGUUUUAUAUGGUAAUAACACUGGGUUGACCUGUGUUUUGAAUCUAUUAUUAAACUGGAUGCGUGUUUUUAUUUUUAUUUACAUUUUUUGGUCAAUGAUUUUAUGUCUGAUAGGCUGUUUCUGAUAUAAACCUGGACCCAGAAGAUUUAUUUUUUUUUCUCAAAAAACGAAUUUAACCUUGGCCUGAAACAUUUCAAGAGAUAUCUCCACAUUCCUGUGAAAUCCUGUGAGAAGUUCAAUUUGCUGCAGUCGUGGUAGCUCUUAGAACCCAUUAUUUACCACCCUUUGUAUAGUUAGGCGAAUGUACUUGAAAUUUAUUAGUUCUGAUAUUAUGCCGAAAUGUAAAAUGCUGGUUU